CGAGUGCAGGCGACUUGUGGCCCGUCAACUCCAAGCACCACCAGUGGUCGCCCUGAGUGGAUGAACCCCCCUCCUGCGUUCUCCAGGGGCCGCGACACCGUUCCUCGUCCUGUUGAAUGGGGUGUGACUGAGGAAGACUUCCCUUUCGAGGGCGCGCAUGGAGAUGGCAGACGGGUAUGGAAGGAGUCGAGGCAGGAGUUGCGGCGGCAGCAAGAAGAGUCCAUAACGCAAGGUGUGCAGCGAUUACGCGUGGGCGAGCGGGCCGGACAAGCAGACGCAGUUGGCGGGGGGGUGACGUUUGGACAGACGGUGACGAAGUUCAGUGCGACGUUGAGGAGGACGACAACAGUGACGUGCUCCCGUUGCAUGCGCCGAACAUGGGUGGCAGGGGCGGCAAAGGCAGGGCUUCGACGAAUGCUGGGCGGAGGCGGAAGAGGUCGUCGGCGACCUCUGCUGAUGCGGAAGAGAAAGGAUUCAACUUGAAUAUGGAUCGGGUCGUCUACGAGGAGAUCAAAGGGGCGAAGCAGAGGAGCCACAUUAUCAGCCCGAGCAAUGUUGCAGACACCGGUGGCCCAGAAGGUGUGCAACUCGCAUCUGCACACUCGGCGACUCCGGAAUCUGUGGGGGACGGGGAUGCCACUGGAGAUGGCGACGACGAAUAUGACAACUCAGCGCGUGGGGGCUCACAGACGACUGGAAGCCCGACCGAUUUCGGGAAGAGGAAAAACGUGCGGCAGCAGACAUUCGAGGCCUUAAGCGAGUGGAUGGAGAAGCAUGGGGCGUUGAUGGCGUCGACGAUGGAGAGCGCGAGCAGGAGGCAAUGCGAGGCGAUGGAGAGCGCGAGCAAGAGGCAAUGCUCCAUUCAAAUUCGGCAGUGUGAGGCUAUCGAAGUGGAUGUGGAGGUCCAGAAGCAACACUGCGCUGCGUCUAAUGAAGUUAGCAAGCUUAUGUGUCAUGCGCUGCUGGAAAUAACGAAGGCUAUACGGGAACGUCUGCCACAGGGCAUUUUUCGGCUAUGGAUCCGUGUGGUUGUCGUCUCUUCGUCAUCGCCAUCAUCGCUGUCUGUCUUCUCAGUGAUGACGAAUACUCGCAACUCUGGCAAGAAGAAAAGGGGGAGGAAUUCCCAGAAAAUGGAAGCUGCCGGCGUCGUGAAGCGGGGGAGGCAUCAGGCGAAGAAGCCCAAGGCAUCAAGCGGCGGUGCUCUGGUGAUUGGGAGCUCCGCGCAGGAAGAGUGGGUUACCGAAGCCAGCAGCGGACAGGACGACGAUUUCAAAUCGGAGGCGGACACGUUUCAUGGGAGGAAACGGACCUUGCGUGAACUGUCGAACGCGCGAAUGGUGAGCGGAGAGGAAGGCGUCGACACGUUUCAUGAGAGGAAACGGACCUUGCGUGAACUGUCGAACGCGCGAAGGGGUCACGGGGUUGCGCGUGGCAAGGGUGAGGCGGGCGGCGACGUGGGAGGCGGUGUUGCUGCCAGGGAGGAGCGUGGCCAGCCGACGACCCCUGGCAUGCGCGGCGCCGUGCCGUCGAAGGACGUCCAAGCGGCUCAGGACAUCGGUAAACACCCGCCAAUGCAGGCGCCUUCAAACCCAGCGACGCCCACGGCGGGACAGGCGAGAAGGGAUGAAGGGGCGAGGAUGAAUGCGGCAGUCAGGGGACAGCUUGCGACGCACAUUCCCGCAAAGGAAGCCGCAGCGGUGGGGGCCGUUGUUGGUACAUCGGCGACCGGCGCGGGGGGGGGCGGUGGCGACGGUCGUGAUAAUGCUGAWGACAACGAUCCCCUCAUUAACAGGCAGAGGCGAUCCGGAAACCUGGCGGCUCUAGAGGCGAAAGCGAAGCUGUGGGUGGACGAUCUGCGUUUCUGGAACGAGACGGAGGGGCAUGGGAUGUUCAAGAUCAUCCAGGAGACUCGCCUGCACCUCAUUUCCAUCGCGAAGGGUGUGAAACCGUCAGAGAUCAGAAAAAGCAUUGUCCUCCCGAACGCCACGAUCCUUCAGCAGAAGCUAGAAGACAUAUCGGAGUUGGGGGCCGCGAAGGAGAGGGCUUCGAGGGUGCAGACCAUAGCGUUGCGCAUCAUCCAUGGGUGGAUCUUCAAGUCACCCAAUCGCGCCCGCGGGUACCAUUGCUCCUACGGCUAUGUGCUGAACCACAUCGCCACAGACCUCGCCCGCGCCAUCUGGUGUGGAGAGGACUGGCGGGUAGGUGUGAGUCCGGCGGUCGUCCAUAACACUUUGGAGCUUCAUAUGAAKCUCCCCAUCUGGUACGUAGGUGGCGUCAUACACGACAGGCACGAGGAUGACGAAAUGGCGUCGUAUCAGGAGUCCACAACGCAGCGUCUGGUGGGAGCUUUCACGAAUGUUGUUGACAUGGGGGAGGGGGUAGACGGCGGGCGGAUAUCGUAUGAGAGGCUGAGGAACGUGGCAGACUGCAUGCGCCUUUUGUUGUCUGCUGCCAUGUGGAUCAUGAGGAUGGCGGGAGAUAAUCUCCGUUCGCAUUAUGAGGCGUCCCAUCUCGUGGAGCUCAUUGCGAAACCGACGCUCAUUGCGUCGCUGCAUGCGUCGUUCGACGCGCGCUGCCAUGUUCUGCAGUGUGUCAAUGUAGUAACGGAGAAAAUGGGGAAGCCCCCUAUGACGUUGGUCGACCCUCCGGUGUACAUCCCCGAGUGGGUUUCGUGUGGGGUGUCAUUCCACAACGACGCCACGUUGACGUCUCCUGAGCUCGCCAGACGACUAGAUUGGUUAGGCCCCGGACCUGCGGAGAUCGAUGAUGAAGACGACGAGAAGGACGGGGGCGGGGAAUCUGAUGUCGAUGAUGAUGACGUUGAUGAUGAUGAUGAUAACGGUGACGAUGAUGAUGGUGACGACAACGAUGAUGAUGAUGACGAUCGUGAUGAUGACGAUUGUGAUGAUGACGGUGACGAUGAUGAUGGUGAUGAUGAAGAUGAUGAUGAUGAUGAUGAUGAAGAUGAUGAUGACGAUGUUCAUGAUCAAGAUGAUGAUGAUGAUGAUGAUGAUGAUGAUGAUGAUGACGAAGUCCCUUUUCAAAUUCGCCACCCAUACGCAGUGGACCAAGUCCAGCCAGAUGGACACCAGACGAAGGACCACCGCCCAAACACUCGUCCCGCGGCCGCGUAUAACAUUAUACGACUCCCCGCGGCCAGUCCUCGGAGCAUCCUCGGGGAUCGUCCCGAGGGACGAGUGGAACGAAUGCGGGAAAAUCCUCGGGCUGCCCCGAGGAUUUCCCCUCGGAGCCCGAGGACGCCCCGAGGAGUGUCUAACGAGCCCCUAAGGGGCUCGUUAGACACUCCUUGGGCGCUAAAAAAUCCCGAGGAAUUGAUCGUUCAAUCUGUCCUCGGAGAGUGCUCCCUCGAAAUCGAUGUGAAAACAUUUCCUCGGGGCGUCGUCGAGGCGUCCCCGGGCUACAGGCAUUUGGCUGUGUUCCCCAAGGUACCUCGUGAGGUCCCUCGGAGUGGGAGUUUCCGCGAAAAUCGGGACGGCGACGGCGCUCUUCGACGACGUCAUAAUUUUGUAGUCUGGUACAUUGCUGGUCCAGCCAAGGUGCGGGCGGACAUUAGCGGCCGACAACAUUCGACUCCGGCGGGAACGAUCGCAACGGUAAGGUUGGGUGGCGGACGGGGUCCCCGGCCGUUUCCGGUUUAUCCCAGCCCCUCACCAGCGCCGGCGGGAAACGGGAAGGCCUCCAACGGCCAGCCGAUUCGAAAAUCACAGCGGCGUACGCCCGUCAACGCGCGCAGUGGUCCACAAUGUAAAGAGGCAGAGGGCGUUGCCAGUCGUGCCCACGCACGUCUGCUGUUUGUCGUCGUCUGGGUAGACGUGUGCAUAUUAGGGAGGUUGCCUUCACGUACUCGCAGGAAACGAGGGGUGAGGAAGAGCAUGGCCAUGGACGAGCGGCGGCCGAAUCUUGCCACGUUGACGGACGCUUAUCCCAGUCACCGGCCUGCAAUCUGCACCGGUGUAGACAGAAGGGCGGCAGGUCCAUCGCCGUACGAAGGACUCGCGCCUCACAUGCAGCCUCUGCCCGAUUCGGACGAGGGGGAGGCGGACGUGGACGUGUCCAACACAGUUCCUCUGGGUAGCGGGUCGACCCAGGAAUGGACGGGUAGCCAGUUGUAUGAUCGGUGCGGAGCGAAGUACAAGCAGUCGUUCACUUCCCUCCUCCACGAAGGUGCCCAGGACGAGGAACGCCUCCCCCCUGUGGAUCUCACAUUUGGCCUACGGAGCGGGAACCCAUCUUCUGCCACACGCACUGUGCUCGUGAACCCUCAUCCCAACGACGACGCGGGGCAGGUGACAUUGGUCGGCAGGGGCACGAGGGGUGGUUCUGCGCCUCAGGGGACGUCCGAGAAGACGAGGGAGCGGCCUCGAUUGGGCGGCGACAACGUUCCUCGUCCAGUUGAACAGGGUGUGACUGAGGAAGACUUCCCUUUCGAGGGCGUGCAUGGAGAUGGCAGGCGGGUAUGGAAGGAGUCGAGGCAGGAGUUGCGGCGGCAGCAAGAAGAGUCCAUAACGCAAGGUGUGCAGCGAUUACACGUGGGCGAGCGGGCCGGGCAAGCAGACGCGGUUGGCGGAGGGGGUGACGUUUGGACAGACGGUGACGAAGUUCAGUGCGACGUUGAGGAGGACGACAGUGGUGACGUGUUCCCGUUGCAUGCGCCGAACAUGGGUGGCAGGGGCGGCAGAGGCAGGGCUUCGACGAAUGUUGGGCGGAGGCGAAAGAGGCCGUCGGCGACCUCUGCUGAUGCGGAAGGUGAGGGGGACAGGGAGGGUGGCCAUAAUUUCUGGUCUGUGGAACACAUGGUGGCCCUCAUAAGGGCGAAGCGGGAUCAGGACGCCCAACUGCAAGCGGCGGGGCACGCAUUCGCAUGGAUGAGGUCGAGGGAGUGGAAAUGGUUGGACGUCCGGGAGAGGUUGCUGAAGGUCGGUGUUGACAGGCCGGCAGACAAAUGCGGGAAGAAAUGGGAUAAUCUCAUGCAACAGUUCAAAAAGAUCCACACUUUCAUGGGCAUGUCGGGGAAGGAGGACUUCUUCCAGUUGACGAGUCAGCAGAGGGCAGAGAAACGAUUCAACUUCAACAUGGAUCGGGCCGUAUACGAGGAGAUCGAAGGGGCGAAGGAGAGGAGCCACACUAUCAGCCCGAGCAAUGUUGCAGACACCGGUGGCGCAGGAGGUGUGCAACUCCCAUCUGCACAGUCGGCAGCUCUGAAAUCUAUGGGGGACAGGGAUGCAUUUGGAGAUGGCAACGACGAAGACAACAGCUCAGCGUGUGGGGGCUCACAGACGACUGGAAGUCCGGCCGGUUUCGGGAAGAGGAAAAACGUGGGGCAGCAAACAUUUGAGGCCUUAAGCGAGUGCAUGGAGAAGCAUGGGGCGUUGAUGGCGUCGACGAUGGAGAGCACGAGCAGGAGGCAAUGCGAGGCGAUGGAGAGUGCGAGCAAGAGGCAAUGCUCCAUUCAAAUUCGGCAGUGUGAGGCUAUCGAAGCGGAGGUGGAGGUCCAGAAGCAACACCGCGCUGCGUCUAAUGAAGUUAGCAAGCUUAUGUGUCAUGCGCUGCUGGAAAUAGCGAAGGCUAUACGAGAGCGGUAGACGGGAACGUCUGCCACAAGGCAUUUUUCAGCUAUGGAUGUCACUCUGUUGCCACACACGUGUCGUCUACUUAAGUC